AUGGGCGCCGGCUUCAGCAUGAGAAGAAUCAUGGACAAGCAGACACAGGUCGUCCUGUUUAGUUCGACGGCCAUUGCGCUGUACGGAUACGACCAAGGCAUGAUGUCCCUUAUCAAUACGAAUUACCACUAUUUGUCUACCAUGGGCGUCGCGUCCGAUUCGCCCCUCGUCGGUGUCAUUGUGUCGGUAUAUUAUCUCGGCUGUGCGGUGGGCGCUGUGCUGGCUUCGAAGUUCGCCGACGACAAAGGUCGGAAGCCUGGCAUUUUUGCGUGUCUUGCCACGGCGAGUCUGGGGAAUUUGCUCAUGUUCGUCGCUGGCAUGGGGAAUGUUGGAUCCGACGGGGCGUUGGCGACGAUGAUUCUCGGACGGAUUGUCAUGGGGUUCGGUGUUGGAGGCAUCGACGCCGUCGUCCCUGUAUAUUCAUCUGAACUCCAAGAGGACGAUUCACGGGGUACGGCGCUCGCACAAGAAUUCCAAGCCAACAUCUUCGGCCUGAACAUGGCGUUUAUCAUGAACGUCUGUAUCACGCACAGCCUGGGCAAGUUCAGCGAGUGGGCGUGGCGCGUGCCCAUCGUCGUCAUGCAGGUAUACCCUGCCCUCCUCUUCGCGGGGGCCAGCCUCCUUCCGGAAACGCCACGGUGGUGCGUCCUGCAAGACGACACGGAGCGCGCGAAACGGUCCAUCGCUCGCGUGUUCGGGCCCGAACAGGUCGACGAUCGGAUUGCGGAACUCACAAAGGCACACGCACGCGAGCUGGACGAGGGCAUGAUUUCGUAUGCCGACAUGCUCGUGCCAGGGCGCUCGCAGUUUCACCCGACCGUGGUCACCGUCAUGGGUCAGAUCAACCAGGCCUUGACGGGGUACGGCGCCGUGUCGGUGUACGGGCCGCAGAUCUUUGAGCUGCUUGGAUUCCCGGUCGUGACGGCCGAGUACAUCACGCUGGGGAACUAUGUGUUUUAUUUCAUCAUGAUGACCGGGGCGUGGGUUCUGAUCGACCGUGUAGGCCGACGCAGGCUCAUGGUCCACGGUGCCCUGUGGCUUUCCGUGUCGUUUGCUCUGCUCACCUUGCUGGGCGGGCUGGUGUAUAACCGCGGCACCUUGUCCGUCCCCCUCCUGGCGACCGGCGUGCCCGGGAUCGUCUUUCUGUACCUGGCCACGUCGGUGUUUGGCAUAGGCUGGCUCGUGCCGCCGUGGCUGAUACCGACCGAGAUAUACCCCAGCACGGCGAGGGCGCAGGGAGCAGCCAUCAGCGUCAUCGUUUGGGGGCUGGCGAACUUCGCCGUGACUCUGCUCACCCCCAUCAUGUUCAACAACCUGGAGUAUUAUCUGUUUCUGGUGUUUGCGGCGACGAACGCUCUCGCGGGUCUGUGGACUUACUUGUACUGUCCGGAGAGCGGGAACAGGACCUUCGAGGAGAACCAGGACUUCUUCGCAGAAGCGAAAUACGAACGCAGUUGGGUCGUGUCGCGGGUCAAGAAUGGCGAGUACACUGUACUACCCGGUCGGGUGGAUGAGUUGGAAGAAGAGGAAGUUGUUGACGAUGAAGCUGUUGCUGGUGGUGGUGGCGGCGGUGGGAAAAAGAGGAAAGAGAAGAGAAAGAAGCUCAAGAUCAAGAGGGACGCUCAUCAGGAAACGGAGCCGUUGUUGGGGAGAGCCAGUAUAAGUUGA